AUGGUUUUUGUUCCAUCAGCGAAUUCUUCUUCGCAACAAACUUCAACAACAGCAAAUACUAACACAACGGCAAAUAAUGCAAACAAUAAUCAGCCAACAAAGGCUUCUGGUACGUUAUCGUCAUCACAGAGGAGUAAGACGGCAUCAGAGUCAAUGUUUAGAAUGUAUUCCGAUGUGUUUUACACGAUAAAACAAAGUGGAUUGGAUGAAAAUAUGGAAGUUUUGCACCAUUUGAUGGAAUUUAGAAAGGAACAUUCGGAUAAUUUACUAUCUGGUAUUUCCUUAAAGUGGUUGGAUAAAUAUUUUGCAAAUAUUGCUGCAGUGCAAUCUAAUUUGAAUGAUAUUGACAUUCCUAAGGGAAAAACAAUUACAUCUUACCUGACUGAAAGUAAUGAUUGCAUUUCGUUCUAUUUAACUGGAAAUAAUUGUUUGUUAAUGUUCGAAUAUUCGAGUGAUAGUACACCAAAGUAUAUUGCGUCAGCAUUUACUUGUCAUCCAAAGAAUGCAAAUAUUUAUAAAUGUGACAUUUGUUGCAUGACUUAUCCCGAGUUAUCAGUUUCAGUACUGGAUGAUAAUAUUCCAGUAUUAGAAAGUCAAUCAUUUUUAAAUCAAUUAACUUAUUUGACUGAAAGUCAGGAAAUGAGUUCAGCAAAAACAAAGAGGAAAGGAACAGUUGUUUCGGAAGAUAGAGAAGUUUCUUCUCCAAUUUUAAUAACAGAAUGGAUGCUUUCACUACUCUCUGGUGGUCCUACUAAUAUUGUAGCUAAUAAUAUUAAAAAGAAAGUGAGAAGUUUUGUGAGGCCUAAACAGGAUGGCACAAGAAGAUCUCCUUUCUGGAUUUCCCUGAAAGCAUCACUGCAUUACAAAUUCAACAAAAUAUAUGGACCUAUUCAGGGGAAGUUUCUUUACAAACUUUUCAUGCUGGAUUUUAUGAGCUAUUUAUGCAAAAAAGCGAGAACGUAUAUUAAUAUGAGUAAUGAUUAUCUAAUGCAAAUGAUAAUCAAAAUUUCAUUGAGAGCGACCAAGUUAGAAAACCUUAAAAGUACCUUAAGCAAAGAGGUGAAUAAUCAAAAGUUAAAGGAUAUGCUUCACGUAUCCAAGUCAUCAGCAUUAUUUACAACUAGAGACACAAAGGAAUUCAUCCAAAAAAGAAUGGAUGUAACAAUUCAGGAAAUCAAAAAGAAUGAUACAUUUAACACUAAUUUUCCAAAGAAUACCGAUUCUUGCUCUCAAAAUUUAAGUAACUCUCUGCAAAAGAUUAAGGACAACAAAACCCUUUUUGAACAAAGGGAAAUCAGUCUUUUGAAUUCAUCACUUCCUAAGGAAGAACAUGAUAACAUUUACACAACAAGACAAUUAAUGGAGUAUGAAUCAUGGGUUAGAGACGAGCUAUUCACAAUCAUUGAUGAAAGUAAGAAGGGAAAAUCAUUCUCUGAUACAGUAUAUAAGAAAAUGGAUGCCUAUUACAAUUUAGGUUCGAAAUUCUAUGAAAACGAUCCAAUAGGAAAGAGCAGAUUCAUACUGACAUUAUUUGGCUUCUUGAAAGCUAUGCACAUUAUAGCCAUUUCAUGCUCCAAACUGUUAGAAGAAUAUUCAACAGGAGUGGAUGUAUCUACAUUUAAAUAUUUAUUACUCGAUUCUCCGAGUGAUAUGAAAUUUGCUCUCGAAUUGGAACAAUAUUUCACACGUUUCGAUAAGACAACCAAACGCCCAUGUGAUUUUUUGACAAACAAACUCAGUGCUAACUCCUAUUGUGUCCUUUUUGUGAGACACGACAAGACAAUGAGACAAACAUUGGAUCAAAUUCUAAAAGAGAAUGAAGAAAGAAAAAAACAAAAGCUUGAAGAAGUAAGGAGAGGAAAGAAUGAUUAUCAAAGAAACUAUAACAGAUACAAUAAUAUGGAAUGUGAAUAUUUCAUUAAUGUUCAUGGCUAUACAAGGCAUUCCAAAUAUUGCUCCAAAUGCUCAUUGAAAAGAAGUUUGGACAAUACUUAUGUUUCAAUUUUUGAAGAUUUUUUACCUUCAGGAUAUGUGGAACAAUAUGCAAUUGUUUUUGAAUUAUUAAUUCCGAAUUAUUAUAUGAAUUAUAGAGAUGCAUUCUUCUGUAUGGCUCAGCUUCAAUGCCGAGUUCAGAAAACAGAUAAAAUUCCAAGCACUUGGAGAGAACAAGGCUACCUUGAGAAUUUCACAUCUGGACGUCCACCUUGCUCAACUAUUGGUAGUACUGUGAAAGGAUUUUCUGACACUCACUACUCACGGCAGCAUGUACAGAGUUCAGAGGAUAGCUUUUUAAAACCAAAUGGAUGUGACCUAGUGGCAACAGUUGGUAACGACCACACAUACACAAUGACUCAUUCAUCAAUGAAGGAAAGUAAUUUUACCUUUAAAAUUGAAUCACCUGAAUAUGCCAAUCUGGAAUGGGCUAUUAGUGGUUUCGAUCACUCUCAAAAUCAAGUAAUAGCCAACCAAGCACUCUGUCAUCCAAAUCUAAGUUUGGCCGAGUUUGUAGAAUAUGGUUCACUACGGGCAGGAUUUAGACUACAGUGGCACAAUAUAGUGAGAUGUUUGGCCAAUGAAAAACUUUCCAUUCAGAGGCCAGAUGUUACUGUUCUACUGCUUCAAUCCAUGCUUCAAAAUUGCCCAAACGAUUCUGAUGUGUGGUACAGAGAAGUUAAUGAGCCAUUACAAAAUUCAAUGUUUUGCUCAAAACUUUUGGAAUUGCUCGAAUCUAUAUUGGAAAAGUAUAAGGAAAACUGGAAAUCAUACCAAGUUGUACUAGUUUUAAUAGUUGCUGCUCUGAGGGUUAUCAAUAUUCAUAUUACUCAAUCAAUUAUUGACAAGUACAUUGAAUUUUUGACCAAAAUCAGAAACUUGAUAUUGAAGUGGUCCAAAGACAUUGAAACGCUUAUUGUUACAAUGACUGAUUCUCCACCUCUAGAAAUAGCCAAAAUUAGACAAAAUCUGAUUGACAUUAAUUGUUGUGCAGUUCUUACAUUCAAUUUGGAACCUUCAGUACUAAAACCUCAAUUAGCUAUUCACACAAACGUAGAAAUUUGGUGUAAAUGUGUUUCUAGAAUUCAUGACAACACUGUGUUGAGCAAACAAUUCACAUUUCCUAAAAACACUCUCAAAGUUUUCCUAUUGAGACGCUAUUACCAAACUGCUUGUUUAAUUGAAAAAUAUAUUGGAUUACCAUCUAUUGCACUGAAUAUAUUUGCUGAGUUCUAUUGGUCUGGAUACACUGAUCCAUAUGCAAAAUGGGAAAAGGUAGCCAAUGGAUGGGUUAAGGCAGCACUUCUUACCGAUUCGGGAUUUACAGCAAUUGCCUUCAAUAUUGUUAGAGGAACAUUCCUUGUCAAUGGAAAUCCAAUUGGAAGACUUCCUGAUCCUAUCACAGCAGAUGCAAAGUAUAAGAGAGUGUUUGGUAAUUUUGUGUUUGAUGUGCAACAAGCCACACGUCCAGAUGCUUUUGUGACAUCGUACGAUAUUGACGGCUGUCAACUGGAGUUUAGAAAAAGUAUGCAAUUCAUUCUGAAGCAUGGCUCUGAAACAUCUAUUUUAUUGUCUCACAAAAUUUUUGAAUAUGAUCUUCCAGCUCAAUUUGUGGAAAACUACAGUCAUUGGUAUGAUGUUACAACUAAUUGUGUGCUUUUCAGACCUAUUUCUUUCUUUUCUCCAAAAUUUAAAAGUAGCAUUGCUUACAAACUCGAUGUCACAGAAAAGAAAUUGAAAGAAGUUGGUACUGAAAGAGUACUCAUGAAUUAUUUUGGAGAAACGUAUACAGAAGUAUUGAAAUCAAUUUCAAGAAUUGAACUCAAACAUAAUAUUCAUAUAUUUGCAAAUAAUGAUGAAGUGUUAGUGGAACUUCCACGUUUGGGACUUCACUUUGAAUUGGUGAACAACAGCUAUUUACGAUCAAAGGAGUUUUCAAUGAUAGUUUGCGAUUCAUUUUAUUGUGGUACAUUAAUUGGACUUUCUAAUGCCAUAAUGCUGAAGGACGAAAAUCCAAACUCUUCUAAAAAGAUUGUGCUUGUACCAAAUGGUGAAAUUUCAACAGAAAAAUUCAAACAUCACCAUUUAACACGUAUCGAUAUGACUAAAUCAAUAGAUACUCCUUAUUUCACCUAUUCUGUUAAUGAGUACAUGUGGCAAUUAGAAGCUAAUGAUAGCUUAUCGUCCUGGCUUUUUUUGGCACUUCUUCAUGGUAUCACCAGCUCUGUAAUAGUCGAUCCAUUCACAAAAUUAACAGGUUAUGAAUCAGCUCUCAAAAUUUUGAAAUCUGCAAGAUGUUGGCCAAUGAGACCUCUCUCAAAAUUGGAAACCUCUCUACUAGAGGCCAUUUCAUCUAUUUCUCCUGACAGAAGCUUCCAUCCACCAAAAAUGAAAGUCAAUGAGAAGAUAACAUGGCCUAAAACAAAUUUAUCAAGUUUAUGUCUUUUGGAUGCUUACAAACUAAUUGUGGACUCUAUUGUUAAAAAGUCAGAGGAGACAAUUUUCCUAGACGGGGAAAGUGGCAGUAGUGUUAAAAAGAGUGACGAGGAAGAUCCUCUCUUCUUGGCAAGAAGGUAUUACAAAGCCUACCUUAAUUAUUACAAUCCUAUUGUACGUUUAAGAAUUAGUUCUCAAAAAGAUGUCAAUUAUGUUGAAACAAUCAAGAUCUCUUCAAUGACAUCCUAUGUUGCUUGCAAGUACUUGGCAUCUAUUUCAAAAAAUAAUUUUCAGAAAAUUUCAGCAGUUGAACUUAUCAAUUCAGUGUCCUCGUUCAAUCCAGAAAAAAAAGUGGAGAACUUCCUGUAUGAUUGGAAAAAUAUUGACCUCGAAGAUGAUUUCCUCACACUCUAUGAAGCAGCCAAAACUCAAACACCUGCCGAUUUCAAAGUUUUCAUAUCUUAUCUCGGUUAUGUAUUCCCAGAAAAAAAGAAAAUGUUGGCUUGUUUCAUGAUUAUUAAUUUAUUUGCCAAUUCUUUUAGAAAUCAACAUUCACCUUUAAUUUUUUCAAGUGUUGAUGAUUUGGAAUGUACUGAUUUUGAUGAAGAUGACGUUAUAAAUUUAUUGAAAGCGGCAAAUAGUAGACUAACAUUUGAUGAUGAGGAUGACCAUGAAACGUUUAAUAAUGAUAUUAGAACAUGCCUAAGGUUUGCUGAAAUAGCAUUCAAUAAGGAGCAAUUAAUGGAGAAAAACAAAUUUGGAAGAUUAAAUUUUAUUGAUAAGAGUGAAGCUGUCGAUCAUAUCAAUAACUAUUUAUCUACACUUUACAAUAGAGAACGAGUUCAAAAAUUUUUACAAGGUAUUAAAUCAGUUCUCCAAAAUAUGAUGAAUAAUGCUAAAGGUGACAUAACAAUAGUCAACAUUACAAUGGAGAAUUUACAGCCAAACGAAACAAAUCAAACAUUUGAUAUUCAGAAUUUUACCAAGGUACAAGAAGAUGGAAAUAAGCUUGUUUUUGGAUUAGCUGAUGUUCCAGAAAUGGCUAAAUACAUUUUUGAAAAAGGUGACAUAUCACCAUAUUGUGAGAAGGAUGUAAUCAAAACCUUGGAGCAUGAUGUUCAAUUAUUUUCACAUGACUCUCAUGACCCUCUUUACAACGAGUACAUUCUAGACCUGGAGGGCAGUUAUUUGACAGCCAAUAACCCAAACCAAGUAACCUCAGCACAACUGCCUAAUAUUUCUGUCAUAUUGGAAUUGAAAGAAAAAAUUUGGAAAGCUCUGGAAUGUAAACUUUCUAAUUUUUCCGAUACUGCAAAAUCAGCAAUAGCAGAAUGUGGAAUUUCAAAUCGUUUAUGCCCAUAUCUGUUAUUCCAGGAUUUGAUAUCAGAUACUGAACAGUAUUGUGGUUGUAAAGACUUGAUUGGAGCUCUUGCUGUAUUAACAACUUUGGAACAACGAUACAACAGAUUGAAACUUAUGAACAAUGAUCCAAAUAAGAAGGUACAAUUUGAUAGAGAACUUGAAAAUAGUGGACAUGUUAAUUGGAGCCCUAAAAAGUUCCCCCAAUGGUUAUUAUUGGAAAUUGAACUCGAUUUGAUGAUUAGACCAAGACAAUAUGAAGUUGCAAAUCACAUGCUUUCCUCAAGUACAAACAUGGUUCUCCAAUUCAAUAUGGGAGAAGGCAAAACAUCGGUAAUUAUUCCAAUGUUAGUCCUUGCAUUUAACGAAGCACAAAUUCCUCGAUUGACUGUACUAAAACAAUUACUCCAGACCAAUUAUACAUAUCUUUCAUUUAAACUUGGUGGAAUUCUUAAUAGAAAGGUAAUCUAUCUACCAUUUAGCAGAGAUUUGAAAAUUACUGCAACAGAUUUAAAGACUAUUAGAAGUGUAUUGGAAGUAAUGGAAAAGGAAAGGAGCAUUCUUAUCACUGUUCCAGAAUAUAGAUUGUCAUUUGAAUUGAAAGGAAUUGAAAAAGCAAUUGCUAAGGAAUCAAUUGCUCACGAUUAUUUGAGAUUACAAGACUAUUUCGAAAAACACUGCAGAGAUAUUCUCGAUGAAAGUGAUGAAAUUCUUCAUGUUAGAUAUCAAUUAAUUUAUACUGUGGGAGAACAAAAAGAUUUGGAUAUGGGAAAUCUGAGAUGGAUAUUACCUCAAAAAAUUAUGAGAAUUGUUAGAAAGCAUGCUGAAAGUUUAUUCAACAAACUUGGCGCUUCACAUGUUGAAUUCUUUACUAGAGGAGAUUCUCAUACUUUCCCUUAUUUUAGAGUUUUAGAUAAGACAUCUUACAAUCAAUUAGUUGAUUUAAUUGUAGAUGAUAUUUUAGAAGGAAGGGCAAGUGAAAUUUUCAUUCCUUACAAAUUGAACGACCGAGAAAAUAUUAAGAAGAUAUUAACAGCAGAAACCAUUUCACAAACUGAGUUGGAUAUUCUUUCUACCAUGUCAAAUGAUAUUUUAAAAUCGGAAAUUUUAUUAAUGAGAGGUAUAUUUGCUUUUGGAUUAUUGUAUCACUCGCUCAAUAAGAGAUGGAGAGUUAAUUAUGGAGUCAAUCCUAAUAUCAAGAGAUUGGUGGCUGUUCCUUACAGAGCUAAGGAUUGCCCUUCUGAUAGAGCCGAGUUUGGGCAUCCAGAUAUUGCAAUUCUUUUAACAUUAUUGAGUUAUUAUUAUUCUGGAUUGACUAAUGAACAAUUAGAUGUGGUUUUCCAAUUCCUUCAAAGAAUAGAAUCUCCCGAUGUGGAAUAUGAGAAAUGGGUCUAUGAAAUGAAAAAUAUUCCCGAAUCAAUCAAACAUUACAAGAGCAUUAACUUGGAAGACUUUAUUCAAAAGACACAAGUUUUAUACCCAGCUUUAAGAAAUAACAUGGCAGUGAUUGACUUUUUCCUCAAUCGAGCUGUAUUCUCAAGAGAAUGUAAACAGUUUGAUAGAAAGAUUUCAGCAUCAGCUUGGAAUCUUUGUAAGGAAAGUAAAUUCCCUACUUGUGGAUUCUCUGGAACGAAGGCAUUCCUUUUGCCAAUCACCAUUAAGGAAAAUGAGCUUCCUUCCCUUAGGGGAACUACUGGAGAAUUAUUGAAAAUUCUCCUCUCUAAAGAGAAUGAAGAAUAUCAUGUUGUCAAACAAGCAGAGAUUACUAACUUUAUAUCUGAAUUGAAUGCUAAUAACCAACGAGUAUUAAUUGAUGUGGGAGCGCUCAUGCUUGAAAUGAGUAAUAUGAAUCUUUGCAAAUACUGGUUAAACUCUGUGACUGAACAAGUUGCAGAUGCAGCUGUAUUUUUCAACACCCAAGAUCAAUUGGUUGUUUUGGAUAGAAAUGGUUUGAUAAUUCCAUUCGAAAUAUCUCCCUAUAAGAACAAAUUGGAAAGAUGUUUGAUUUAUCUUGAUGAUAUUCACACAAGAGGUACAGAUCUCAAAUUCCCUACUGGAAUGAAAGCAGCCGUAACACUGGGUAAUGGUCUUACAUUUGAGAGACUAUGCCAAGCCUGUAUGAGAAUGAGAUUAUUAGGAAAAGGACACUCUGUUGCCUUCUGGGCAAGUCAAGAAGUUGAUCGUUUUAUUAAUGACAAUUUUUCACAACAGCUUACAAUCCAAGAAAGAAUAUUGAAAUGGUCCAUUCACAAUAGAGUACAAAUGGAAAAUGAUCACUAUCUACAAUGGUCAACUAGUGGAUUGCUCUUCUACUCUAAAAAAAUUGCCAAAACCGAAUAUGAUGCCAAGCUUAAAAUGGAUGAAUAUGCAGAGCAGUGCACUGAAAAUGAAUUAUUCAAAAUUAGUGAUUUUUAUGGACAGGAAAGAUAUGAACAAUACCUUCUCAGUAUCUUUGAAAAGAGAGCCCUUCACAUUUCAAAACUCUUUUCCAUAGAUAUUUCUCCUUCUUUGGAAUUAAUUAGAGCAAAUAUUAAUAAGAGAGCUCACUCUAAAACUAUCUUUUCACAAAUACUCAACGAGGAACAGGAAAGAGAAUUGGAAAAUGAAUUGGAAGAGCAAAGAAUUGUAGAGAGACCUCAAAAAUGUGAUCCUGCAGCUACUGUAAUUGACGAUACCUUGGAGUUAUUCAUGAAGAAGGGCAUUCUCCAAGAGGAAUAUGAUGUCUCCAUUCAACCACUUAAAGCCCGUCCAUUAUCUGAAUCUUUGGAAGAAACUCUAUUGGCCUCUCCAAUCAAUUGGAAUCACAACAUUUAUGCCACUGACAAUUACCUCAAAACUGUUUCGAAUGCUUCCAAGAAUAGUCCAUUCUUCAAACCCGUCACUUGGCUGGCCUACAGUGAAUACUCACAAACAAUUAUCAUUUUGAGUCCAGAAGAGGCUAAUCAUUAUAUUCAAAAGUUGGACAAAUUUUCACCAACUCGUAUACUCAUGUUCUGCUCACGAACAAGUCCUACCUCUCGUAUCAUGAUUGAUGAACCAGCAUGGAGUGUACCAAAUAAUAACUUUGAAAUUGCUGACAAGGUAUUACUGAACUUGUUGACUGACAUUCACAUAUUUGCUGGAUCUCUCUAUUUUGCCAAUCAAUUAGAACAAGAUGAGUUCUGUAAAUUCUUGGGAAUAGCUCCAAAACCCUAUGCACCAAACUCUAAGGAAGAGGAAUUAUUCCAACAAUCAAUUAUUGAUGAAUUUGGACUUAUUUCAAGAGAAUCUCUUGAAGGACUUCCACUCUUGUACAAGUGUAGAAUAUUUAAUAGGGAUGCAGUGAAAUAUUUGAGGACAAUUAUUAACAUUCGUGACAAGUCGUGUCUCUUUGAACUUUCUCAUCUUUACAAUGUUUUAAUUAACAAUCAGAAAAUUGUUUUUAAAUAAAAGUCCAUUAGCC